UCGUGGCAAGCGGUUCCGAUUUUGCGUUUUGUCUCUACACGGUCUCUCUCUGACGGUUGAAUGGUGAAUCUCGCCAGUUAAUCGUACUUUAGGUAAGGAUUAUCCGGAUCGGCAUGAAGCGCUGAAAGGUUCAAUGGAGAUUUCUACGCGUGUGGUGAUUGCGAAAAUAAUUCGAUGUUGGAGGUCGGAACAGUGAUAUCAGUGUACUGAUUAGUGGCGGUUGGAUUUUUGCGAUUUGGGAAUUGGUUUAAUUUUCGCAAUCGUGACUUGAAUCCAGGUGGUGCAUCGAAAUGUGGCCUGUGUGGUGAUUGGUUGGGGCGUUUAGAUAAAGCGUGAGAGUUAUGCUGGUGGACAACGCGGUUGAGCUCAAACCUUUAUUAAUCUAAUUGCGAAAGGGAUAGGAUAAAGUGGAGUUAAAAGAUUAAGACCGUUUUAUUCCGUGACGACAAUAUUUGUGGUUGUUGUAGUAGCUGUACAAGUUAGAAAGUGAAAUUGGUGGUGAAAAAGUUGGAAGAAUGUUAUCUUAUUGGUAAUGGAAAAGUAAAAGUUUCGAUUGGUAGUAGUAAUAUAUUUCUUACGAUUAAUUUUAAAUGCUGCAAUUCGGAUUAAGCAAGGUGUAAAAAGUGUAAUUAAAUUCGGUGCUAGUGCCGGUGGGAUGUGAUACAAAGUAUUUUAUGGUCUAAGUUUGUUUGCUGACUGAACGAAAAGCACUUCUGCACAGUUCGAGUUUUCUCACGUGUAAGGCACUCGACCCACCCACCUUAAUCCACCACCCCGGAUGGAGCUGCUGUACUACCUGAACGCAACCGAAUCGGUGGGGGUGGACUACCGGCAGUUUCUGAGCAGCUACCAACCGUCGACGGUGGAAGACAUAUCCGGUUCGAAUCGAAUCCAGAAAUCGGUCCGCAUGCUGGAACCCACGGAGGCCACGUUGGGCUUCGAUGUGACAUUCGACCAAAUUGACGAGUACGAACCGUACGAGGAACGGCUGGAGACGUACGUGGUCCCGGUGGUGUUCGCUAUUAUAUUCUUCGUGGGAAUUCUCGGCAAUGGGACGCUGGUGAUCAUCUUCCUGCGGCACCGGGCCAUGCGGAACAUUCCGAACACAUAUAUCUUCUCGUUGGCUCUGGCGGAUCUGCUGGUAAUUCUGGUAUGUGUCCCAUCGGCUUCCCUCAUCUACACUCUGGAAUCGUGGCCCUGGGGAGUCAGCGUUUGUCGCAUAACGGAGUGCUUCCGGGAAAUCAGCAUUGGUGUUUCGGUGUUUACACUAACAGCACUGGCAGCCGACCGGUACUGUGCCAUUGUGAAUCCACUCCGGAAGUUACAGACCCGACCGGUGACGGUUAUUGUGGCGGUACUGAUUUGGCUGCUGGCGAUUGCAUUCGCCAUCCCAUCCGCCAUCAUUUCCGACGUGGUGGCCGUGGAAAUUCCGAACAAAACAAUCGAAUACUGUUCGCCGUUCGGACAACGAACGAACGAUUCCGUUGCGUACUCAAAAUACAAAACUGUCGUCAACUCGGCCGUUUACUACUUCCUGCCACUGUCGAUAAUUGGCAUUUUGUACAUCCUGAUGGCGUAUCGAUUGCACGUUAGCGCACGGGACAUGCCCGGCGAGAAUGCCGGCCCACAGAGCCGCUCCCAGGCUAGAGCACGCCGUCAUGUGGCCCGGAUGGUGAUAACCUUCGUGGUGGUGUUCAUUAUCUGCUUUCUGCCGCAUCACGUGUUCCAGCUUUGGUUUCAUCUGAAUCCUAACUCGGAGUAUGAGUAUGAUGACUUCUGGAAUAUUCUGCGAAUAACCGGGUUCUGUUUGAGCUUCCUGAACUCCUGCAUCAACCCGGUCGCACUGUACUGCGUCUCCGGUGUCUUUCGGCAGCACUUUCACCGCUACCUGUGCUGCCGGCAGAUGACGGUUCAGCGACGCAUCGGAAUGUCCUCGGCGGGGAACGCCUGCGAAACGAGCUUUGUGUCAACGAUCCGCCGGUCACAGCACAACCACAGCAUCCGGAAGUCGCUCUCGGUCCACUCGGUUCAGAGCACGAAAAGGUGAGACAGCGUUCGGCUGAUGGUGUACUGUCAGAGUGGUAAAAAUGGAACCGGUUGCGGUGAUGGUGGUGCCAGUUUCAAGUCAAGCCGGACAUAGCUACCGUGGAGGAGAGCCGACACCGCCAGAAGUCUGCCGCUUAGUACAGUGGAGGAAAAAAGCUUUAAUGUAGAACCGUAGCGCAAUUGAGAAAUCUAGCUGAGAAAGAUGGAGCGGACUGUGCGGUGUCGGUGAAGACUCGUAUUUUCACAAGUCCAAAUUGAAGGGUUUCUCCUUAGUUUCAUGGAGUUUUACUUCUAUUCAGAUUGAACCGAUUAGCGUAAAUUGGCAGUAUUGUACAAUUGCAGUAUUUUUGAGGUUUCUUGAACUUUGAAAAAGAAUGUCAUGCGCAGCUCACAGAUUAUACAUUGUACCACGGAUAACAGACAGCUAGAGCAAAAUCGAUAUGCAUUGGGAAUCAGUGGCUCACUAUUGGUAUCCGCUGAACUGUUUGCCACACAUAGGUAGGCGGUUGCGCCUCAGCUACAUACCAUCAAUCGCUGCGUCAUCUACAAACGUUUGCUUAAUGUAUUUAAGUCACUCGCUUUAUUGGCUGUUGCAGGUGUUCGCACACAUUUCCUUUAUGAGUAUGAUUGGGUUGAGUAAUUAUAGUUUAAUGAGAUCGCUGACUCAGACAAGAACGUGUCUCCAUUCGUUUAUAACGAGUGCGUGAUAGUCAUAGCUCAUUAAAUCAAAUUUUUAGACGAUAUAUUUAAAGCAGAAAAUAACGCACACGGAAAGUUUCUAGUCAGAAUUCAAAAACUCAAUAACACCCAAGCGAAAUCUACACCCAAAUUAAGGUCUGUAUUAAUGAAAAAGUACUUGCAAAAAUCUAAGAGUGGAGGAGCCCGGGGCUAGUUGGUAAAGUCUCCUUGUCUCCGUUCUUAUUAGACACAUUGCGCUAUAUCUUGUGUACCUCAAGUAAUGUGAAAUACAUGAUGUUGCUCGUUUGGCAUGCUAGCAAUAAAUAAUUCAAACAGACACGCAGCACCAGACUCUUUAUAAACUCUCGUUUUUGAUGGAGUCACUUAGGUGCUUCCUAUUGAUGGCUCUUCAUGAAAAUGCUUCGUCGUGGCUAUUUUUAUUGAUCUGAUAAUUAUUUGCUACCAAUAUUCAAGUUAUAUGUUUCUGAAUCGGUUGGUGUGUAAGUGAUUAAAAUCCAUAUAGUUAUAGAUGAGUUGGAAGCGUGCAAACCUUGCAUAGUUUCAUUACAUAUUAGUUUUUUUUGAUUUUAGAAUUACACUUAGCUUAGCCCUAGAUAGUGGAGUUAGACAUGUUUAAUGUCAUAAAUAAAAAUUGAUAAAAUGUAAAUGGAAACUUGAAAAAAUUGAAGAUUUUUUAAGGGUUUAAAGACAUAAACGAAGAAUGCAAAUAAACAAGCCAAUCGAUUUGAUAAACAAACCAAAGUGGAAGAAUUAUAGUUUUAUUUAACGCAAAAAAGGGAAAAAUUUUAAUAAUUAACAAACAGGACAAGCAAAAUUAAUGGAAAAUUGAGAAUAAGGAAACAAUAUAGAACCCUCCAUAAUAUCAUUCAAAAUUGAAUUUUUUUUGCUAUGUUGGACAAAGAUGGACGAAAAAACGAAACUUUAAUGGAAAUACUGGGAAAAAACUUAGCUAAAAGGCAUUUUACGAAUGCACAAAAUAGUAAUAAGAGAAUAAAACAGAAUGACAUUUAAUAAUAAUAAAUCAAAAUGGCAAAAACGAAGGAAAGUGAAAAAGUUGCCGAAAAAAUAUAGUUGCCGAUUUGAUAUGCGCGGGAGUAGGGACGAGGUUUUAGAACCCUACUUGCUCCCGGCUAUGCAAACCAGUGGGAAUCAAAAUUAAAAACCCCAACACGGUGCUUUUGGGGAGUGAGAAAAUGAGAUGAGAGGAAAAUUAGACGAGUGGACCGGAUGUUGGAUAGGGGAACAGAACUGAAAGGAGAGGAUCGAAAGCCUAGUUGGAGCCAAGAAAACGAGACGGAGGUCCCUUGUAACUGGUCCGUGGAUAUGAACGCAUCGUUUUUCGUAAAAAUCCAAGUUUGAGUGCUGAGAUUGAGAUUUGCUAACAAAAACAAGUAAGGCUCAUUAAUGUGAUUAUUGCCUUUAAUUUGAGUAUUAACAGUUACAAGGAUCAGCUUUAGAACUAAAGUUAUUGCAAUUAGUCUGAUUGGAUUUCGAUGGAGCAGUGCUGCCAGGGACAGUUUACGUUGACGACGGAAAAUGAUUUUUUCUUAUACCUUUAUUAUGGUGCAAUAUUAUUGAAAACUGAUAAAACUUAUCAAUUUAGACUGUCGUUGGCUACGUUUUCCACAUAAUUAGACUACUGUAUAUAUUCUAGGAGAAUUGUAUUGAGCAUUAGAAGGUAAAAAUUGACCAGCUUUUAGCACUGCCAUGGAAGCACUUAUCUUUAUGAAAAUAGGCUUUUCGUAUUUCUUGACCCCACCGUUUUCAAGUAAAAAUAGUUUUGAAACCCUACAUGCACUAAAAAAGUUGGGCAUGAAAGGGUUAACCAAGACCGGACAAAGAGAUUUCUCGCCGUAAUCGCGCCCUGUAAAGGAGACCGUCGUCGCAGAUCCCGGUGGGAAAUUCCGCCACAACUUCCAUCUGCUAAUCGCCAAGAACGAGGUGGUCUGCGGACAACGAUAGACUGUGACCAGAGAGUCGUAAACUUGCCUGGUAUUGGUGCCUCUGGAGAAACCUGUUCGAAUCGUGAUUCGAAGUAACCAUUCGCUACCCUGCGUAGGCUCUCGUAUCGUCCCGCCGCGUGCUACGGUGAAGGUAAACCGUGCAACAAAUGACCAUUGCUACAAGGACCAAAGCCAAUCGUCUGGGCCCGUUCCGCUCCCGCUCCGCCGCCAUCGACCCGUUUCGUCCCGUAGAACGUUUAAAACUAACCCUCGAAUCCCGUUAUUAACAAAGUCCGAACACUUCCUUACCAUCUCUUUAACGACCCUGGGACUCGAGAACCCAAAAGAGGCCUUUCGCGCUCGCCCCACCGGCUGCCGUUGGUCAGACCAGCAGCUUGGGGCUUAGACUGAUUACCCUUCCGGGUCUCGGAAAGAAAAGUCGAAAACCCAUAGCAUUUACCGCUUAUUGUACCGUCCGGACUAUACUGUCAACAUGUUGCUCGUUUAGCAGGUAAGCCACGACUGAUAUAAAACGAAUACGCGGGACCUGUAUAAAUUUAAUAAAUAAUACCAUCCCAUGUGUGAAGAAAUGCUUAGAUGCUUCGUUUUGACGACUCUGUCUGAAAAAAGGCUUUGCAUUUUUUCGUCGAUUUCGAAAGAUUUUCUGAAAGUCUGUUUUAGUUUCAUUUAUAGUAGUCGUACAUUUUGCAGAAUUGAUUACAAAAUACGUGUACGUAUUUCCGUUCGAGUAGUGCAAAGAUAUCGCGAUCUCGUUCAGUCCAACGGAAGUUAUUCGCAUUUAAAAACUGGGAAAACAUCUUGGCAGAAAGCAUUGAAACGGGGCCGCAGUAUUGAAACGUUUGAAGUAUUCUACUUCAAAAAUACGUUUUUCAUUUGUUUCUCGUGGUGAAACAACAUGACAAUUUAAAACGGAGACGCGGGCAUUGCGUAGUUGGAAAAUCGAUUGCUUUGAAGGCAGUUCAUCUGGGUUUGAUCCCCAAAUACGCACAAAAAAGCUUAGAGAUUUUUCUAAAAAGCGAAACCUCUAACCUGAAAGAGGCACAUGACCGUAAAGAUAAACCUUUAUCAUCGAAGAAAAAAUGUAAAUAUGGGUAAAAACUAAAUGGAGAGAAUUUUGAGACAAAUGAAAAAGCCUUAAAGCAAAAAAAAAACACAACAAAGAAUGAAAAUCAUAAAGUCGAUCGAUGAAUCAAAAUGGAAGAAUUGAAGUUAUACUAAACAUAAAAAAGAAAAAAAAAUAAGUGAAAGCACAGGACAAUCAAAUAUAACGGAAAAUUUAGAAAUAAGGAAUAAAUAAUGAACACCUUCAUAAUACGACCUAAAAUGGAAAAAAAAAUGAUUCAAUGGAUAUAAAAAAAUAAAAAUUUAACAUAAAGACAGCAAAAGGCUUAAAUGAAAAGUAUUACACAAAUACAAAAAAAUAGUAAAAGAGAAAUAAAAAGGAGGACGAAAUUCAAGAAAUAAACAUGAAAAAAUUGUAGACAUGGAUAAAGAAGAAAAAAUAGUAACCAUUGCAAAGGACAAAUUACAAAAAAAUAAAAUGUUAAUAAAUAGAAACAGUAGAAAAACAUAGAUCUUCUUCUAAAAAUUUCAAAAGCUGGAAAAAGUUAAAAAUGAAAAUAAUACCAAAAUUUAGGAAAGUUAUGUUUCAGAGAAAAUAAUACAAAAUAAUUGAACACGUGGAUAAAAUAAACAAUAAAUAAAAACAACAUAUUCGUUUAAUGUUGAAAAAGACGAAAGGCAAAAAGGAACAUUGAAAUUCGAAAAAUUGUAAAAAUGGAAAAAUUUAUUGAGAACGAAAAAUUUGGAAUAUAUUAUGAAAUGUUUCAAUCCCGCUCUAUGCCCACGGACUUAAACGCCCGUGAUCAUCAUUCGAGCUAAUUUCUAACGGAAUUCCAAUAUCCGACAAAUUAUCGGUCGAUCGUGUCAAUUGACUGGAUGUUGUUCGGGCAAAUCACAUUUGAGUCCAUUUGGCCGAAAGCUGUUUGGCCGAAUGUCACUUUGCCGGGUGUCAGUUAGGCGGAUGUCAGCAAUAAAAUAUGGGACCAUUCAUAA